GUCAUUUUGUCAAAAACCCUAAUUUAAUUUCUUCUCAAAAUCUCUAAGAAGCAGCUGACUGCUGAGAGAAUUCGAAACCGGAUCAAGGAAUGGGUGACAAGAAGAAGAAGACUUUCAUGUUCAUUCGUUUGGUCUCGGCUGCUGGGACUGGAUUCUUCUAUGUUAAGAGGAAGAGUGCUAAGAAAGUUGCAGAGAAACUUGAGUUCCGGAAAUAUGAUCCUCGGGUAAAUCGUCAUGUUCUGUUUACAGAACAGAAGAUGAAAUAGAAAACCCAUCUCUUCAUUUUUUUUUUUUUGCCCCUUUUUAUUUAUUUUGGUAUGGAACUUUGAAUUAUGUACUGUUGGCAAAAUUUUCUGAAUGCAUUUUCUUGCUGCUUUGAUUGUUACACCUCUUUGCAUUUUUCCCAAAUAAGGAUGGAAAUCACUGAUCUUUUCAAUCCUCAUCUAAGUGUGGGUUGUGGUAUUUCCAUGAUGUGAAGCAAUGUUUGAACUUUUAUUAGAGUUGAUUCAGAUAAUGUUGCUUGCUAUAAUUCAGAUUGCGAACUGGUCAAUUCUAUGGU